UAGCUGUACUUUGUUUAGGAAAAGAUUAUGCGUACUUUCCAGGACACAUCACAUGCAAGUUAUAUCAUAAUAAAUUUGAUUAAUUCCUAGGACGGUCCUUUCCGUAUUGUGCGAUAUCAUUUCAAAUAUUUUUGUCUCGAGAACUGUGGGGUAUUGUCGAUAUAUAUUUGUGUCAGAGACGCCGGAUAAAAACUAUUUGUAAGAUAGUGCACGUUGUUCUAGGAACUGUCAAACAGUGGUGUGAAUAUAAUAUAUUUGUGUCAGAGAGGCCGGGUAACUUACAAAGACACUAGUUGUAAGAUAGUGCACGUUGUUUUAGGAACAAUAAGAUUGGAGUUUCUAUUUCUAGAACAUUUUAUUAUAUUAUUAUUGGAUCAGGGGUUGUCGAGCAUCAGGGGAGCUGGUGGUGUGUAAAAGAUAAGUUACAGUAAAGAUUUUAAAAGAUAAAUAGUUAAAAUGGCUCUUAUUGGUUCAUUGGAUAUUCUGGAAAGCAAAUUAUUAUCCCUCUUUCUUUUGCUGAUUCUGACUUUCAUUUUUGGCUUUUUGCCGUUUUUUGUACUUAUAAAAAGUCGGGUGGCAUGUUUACGAUUUGAAACAUAUGAAACAAUUACCUAUCUGCUGAAUUCCUUCGCUGGAGGAGUUUUCCUUGGAACGUGUUUGUUACAUUUGUUAGCGGAAGGAAGGGAAGAAUUGGAACUAGCUCUCGAGUUAUAUGGAAUUCCUACGGAUUAUCCUCUUUACGAGGCAAUCGCUGCUGUCGGGCUUUUUAUUAUUGUGAUUAUCGAUUUUGUUGCUCAUUUCUUUCUUAACCGGCGUUCACCAAAAACUGAUCGCACUGAUGAACUGAAGCGUCCCCGACAACAUCAACGUUAUACAAGAUAUGAUUCACUUUUAGGUAAAGAGGAAAUCAGUUCGGAUAACCAAGGUGCUGUAACCAUGGAACCAGAGAUUACGUCAUAUGGAGGCCGAGUGCGUUCUGAUUCGAACCGUUCUGAUUCGAACCUAUCCCACGCACAUGAUCUUUUUCAGCUAACAAACAUCCAGUCGAUGACUAAAGUUGUGUUACUGUUAAUAGCUCUAUCGUUUCAAACAAUAUUUGACGGUUUGCCCGUAGGACUACAGGUCUCGUCAGCGAAUGUUUGGGAAUCCAUGAUAGAGGUAAGCUUACACAAGAGCCUGGUGGCUUUUUGUCUGGGGAUUCAGCUCUUCAACAUAUAUAUCUCUAAACCUGGUCUGGCCGUUGGUUUACUCUUCUUCUUUUCCCUAAUGUCACCCCUCGGCCUAGCCAUUGGGAUCGGAAACACUACCGGUCAUAUUCAAAAUGCCCCCAUAUUACUCUCGUCAUCCAUUUUACGAGCCAUUGCUACAGGGACAUUCUUGUACGUAACGUGUUUUGAGAUUCUGCGAGAGUGUUUCGUGGUUAGAAGAAGUAUUUGGAAUAUUUUAAUGGCAGUUGUUGGAUUUGGUGCUAUGGCGGCGGUUAAAUGUAUUGGCACCGAUUAAAAUCUUGUCUUGACAGUCAUUGUUACCGUUUUCUGUUUGUUAAUUGUUUUAUUGGCCAUGGUGUCGUACAGUAUGAUCAUCCCACCCGUAUCAACAAACACGAUUGAAGGUCCGAAGUUUGUUUGUGUAUCCCAUUUUUAUUUGUCGCUGUACCGACUGGACAUAUACUCGGGGUCCACUCAUUGUGCAUAUUGGCAUGCACGUAAAAGAAACCAUGCGCUAGAGCAGAGAAUAUUUUUUUUCUCUUCUACAUUCAAGCACUACUUAUCUUGUUGUUCUUCUGAUUCUUGGAGGCGACACAUGUUGGCAUGCGUGUUCCUUGGACGACUGCGCGUGAUUGGAUGACUUAAAUGUUUUAUAUGCUAUCACCAUUCCAAGAUGGCGGCGAUAACGUCAUGUUAUAUUAUUACCCAAAGCCUUGAGCAUGUUCCAAACAUCUCAACAUUUAUCAGCUUUUUGUUCAAUCUAUAAAAGCCUACAUUCCUACAAAAUGUUUUGUUUAGUCAAGUGAAACAAGAAAUGGAUAAAUGGAACAAUAGGACAAUUAGUACACCUUAAUGUCGACAAAUACGUAAAACUAUGAAAUUAGAUACUUUUAUGAUAUGAUCCUAUAUAUGCAACAUAGAUAUAUAAUAUCUACAUUCAAGUUAAACGAACUGCAUCUAUUCAUUUUAAGUCUUCCGUCGAGCUGAAUAAAGUAUAUGAUUUAUUGUCAUUAAGCAUCUAUAACAGUGUGUAACUAAAAACUAGGAUUGGAUCUUUAUUGCCAACAUUUCAAUGUACCUAGAAUUUUCAACACCAAGUCUAUUGCAUCUAGAUGUUUAAAGCCCGUUAACAAUAUUAUAUUCAUUUAAGAGCAACUAUAUGUCAUUUCGGGAUUAAUAUACCACAUAAUAUUAUUACAAGUCAUACCCAAACGGAAAGAAAUGACGAUUAAUUAAAAUUCAACCAUUUUGGAUUUCAUUUUUGCCGGCCAUUUUGAAUUUGUACCAUCAAGAAUUCUCGGAAUUAAAUUUUUGAGAUUAUCGCUGCCCUUUUAUUACCAAAUUAAUGUUGUUUCUUUUUUUUUCAUUUUUAUUUUUUUUUAAAAUGGUAUUAUGUUACCAAAUUUGGCAGUCAUUUUGAAAGAAAUGCCCGCCACCAAAUGACAAAUACAUUUUUUUAAUUGAUGUUUAUCAAAUUCGAUUUUUCUACACAUUUCGCUUGCAUAACCACUCUGUGUUUGAGAAAUUUAAAAAGAAGUUAUUUAUCUUCUCACCACUGAAAGACACUCAGUACGAGAUAUCGCUCUCCGAUAAUUCCUGAAGAACGCCAAAUUGAAUUCUGUUAAUCAUGUCAUUUUGCCAUGGCCGAUUUUGAGUAUGAUUUUGUCUGACAUAUUUAUCAUUGAAUGAAACUGCAUUGUUUUUUUUUUGCAAUUUGUUUAGGACCCGUUAAACGUUAUACCCCCCAAAAAAUUAAAACGUUUUGUUAAGUAAAGCUACAUGUAUAUCAAAGCCGUAUAUAGAUAAAGUUGCAACAACUGUGAAGCCAGAAAUUUCAUAUGACGUCAUGAAAAUAUGAUGUUAAGUGCACAAAGACGCCAUUUUGGGUCCCAAGUAUUUGUACCUACUCACUAUCUAUUUUCAUGUCCUAUCAUACUGUUGUGUCGAAGUUAGCUGCCCCCGACAGGGAUGUAGAUAGAUAUGUCAUAGAAUUCCGCGAAAAAGAGAUAAAACAUACAUUUUUUAAACGAAAAGUAUAGCUGAACAAACUAUUAUUAUUAUUUUUAUUAUUAUUAUUAUUAUCAUUAUAGUCUAAUAAAAUAAAAGAUACACCAGAUAAAAGCGCUAUUAAAUAUAUUUAACUUUCAUACGCUUUUUAAAAUCUGAUUUUUUUGUGCAGACGGGUAAAGUGAAAAAUGAAAAUUUAAAUAGUAAUUUGGGGGAUAAAACUAUUUUGCCUUCUAGCCGGCAAAAUAAAUGUCUUAAAUUCCAUGAAUUUUUGGUCAUCGAUCAUUAAUUGUAUCAUCAAUUUCUCGAAAAAAGAAAUUUCUUUAAAUUGACUAAUGGAUAAAACAUUUAAAAUCAGUGUAAUUUAAAUAAAAGGUGUCUAGCGUGACAUGUGUUUCGGGCAUAUUAUGUUUCAUAAGUGACAUGAGAUACGAGAUAUCGCUCUCCGAAACUUCUUGGUCUCUUUUGCAAUUUGUUUGGAGUAAGACGUUAUCACUCCCCGUCCAUGUGUAAAUAAUAAUAUUAAUAAAUAUAUAAACCGCACAUAUUUAACAGAUACGUACACAUAAUGUACAAAUCGCCUCGAGCAUGUUCCACACAUCUCACUAUAAAAGCCUACAUUCCUACAAAAUAAGAUAUUUAUAUGAUAUGAUUCAACCGAAAGAUCCUAUGCACCAUGGAUAUAUAAUAUCUACAUUCAAGUUAAACGAACUGCAUCUAUUCAUUUUAAGUCUUGCGUCGAGCUGAAUAAAGUAUAUUAAAACAUCUAUGGGUGGUUAACAGUGUGUAACUAAAAACUAGGAUUGGAUCUUUAUUGCCAACAUUUCAAUGUAGCUAGAAGUUUUUACACCUUGUCUAUUGAAUCUAGAUGUUUAAAGCGCGUUAACAGUAUAUUCAUAUUAGAGCAACUAUGUCAUUUCGGGAUUAAUAUACCACAUAUUACAAGUUAUACCCAACGGAACAAAAUGACGAUUAAUUAAAAUUGCACCAUUUUGGAUUUCAUUUUGCCGGCCAUUUUGAAUUUAUACCAUCGAGAAUUCUCGAAAUUAAAUUUUUGAGAUUAUCGCUGCCCUUUUAUUACCAAAUUAAUGUUGCUUUUUUUUCAUUUUUUUUUAAAAUGGUAUUAUGUUACCAAAUUUGGCAGUCAUUUUGAAAGAAAUACAUUUUUUUAAUUGAUGUUUAUCAAAUUCGAUUGUUCGACACAUUUCGCUUGCAUAACCACCCUGUGUUUGAGGAAUUUAAAAAGAAAUUAUUUAUCCUCCCAGUCCCACCACUGAAAGACACUGAGUACGAGAUAUCGCUCUCCGAUAAUUCCUGAAGAACGCCAAAUUGAAUUCUGUUAAUCAUGUCAUUUUGCCAUGGCCGAUUUUGAGUAUGAUUUUGUCUGACAUAUUUAUCAUUGAAUGAAACUGCAUUGGGGUUUUUUUUGCAAUUUGUUUAGGACCCGUUAAACGUUAUACCAUAGAAUUCUAUGGUUAUACCAAGAAAAAAAUAAAACGUUUUGUUAAGUAAAGCUACACGUAUAUGACGCCAUGACGUCAUAGUUUUUAUGGCGUCAUAGUUGGGACCUAAAAUGGCGCCUGUAAUAAGUUGUAACUUACUUUCCCUAUACAGGGAGUAGGACGUUAAACCCCAUUUCAUUUCAUUUCCCUAUACAGGGCUUUGUUAUUACCGUACUAGUUUAGUUAUGAACUGUUAUACAUGCACUGGUUCGCCUCUUUAUAUAUGUUCAUAUAUUAUUUAUGUGCCAUAUGAUUUUUAUUUGAUGGUUUGAGUAUCCUGUGAAUAAAACGCAGAUUAAAUUAACACCCAAUACCCCUUAUUUAUUUAGAUAGUUCAUUAUCGAAGGAUUUCUACUUUAUUUUAUAUAUACAUAUAGCCUUUGUAAACAUAUGUUUAUAUUUUAAACAGUAUUUAUGCUAAACUUGGCUUCUUUAUUAUUCAGUACUGUAUAUGACUCUGAUUAAUAGGGUAAUAUAAUACGCGCAUGUUCUGUUUAACUUUAUUUUAUAAUAGUGUAAUAUAUAUAAUAAGUGAAGCUGUAUAAAUUUUGCACCCGUGGAAUUAAGUGAUAUAUACAAUAACUGAAUGUAUUUAUAAAUGUUACACCCGUGAAAUGUGUCAUUGUGUUCAGUUUACGCCAUAGACCAUGAAAUUAAGUCGUGAUACUUUUACCCAAAUGAAGUAUUUUCAUCCAAAAUAUAAUGAAUCGAACUUUACAAGUUUAAAAGCAAUUUUUGGUUAACGAAUAAAAUACUUCUAUCGCUUUUACCGCGAUGCGAUACCGCUUAAAUUGAACUCUAGGAGAGAGGUAAGUCAUGUGACACAAACAUGACCUCUUUUGAUCGAAUUUUUUAUGGUAAGGGUAUUCCGUGACAAUUGCAAUAUUUUGAGAAGGAUCUGAAGCAAAUUUAUGAUAAAUUAAUUAGUUCCUAUAUGUUUUUAGUCCUCAAAUCACCCAGUUUGUAAGCGGGAAUGUAUCUUUAAAUAAAGCAGGUGAAAAUAUAAAAACAUCACACAGUUCAUUAUACCAGUUGUAAAUAGGUCUGAUUUUAAUCAUCAUGUACAGUUUAUAUUUUAAAGUAGGGUGUGGUCAUACAAAAGUAGACCGUAUGAUACUGCGCGCGUAGAUAAUGAGAAUAAAAUGACUUAGUUUCCAACGUUAGUUUUUUUUAAUAAGUUUUGGUCAUAAGAAAUGGUUGAGAGAUCUAGGAUAGAAGUUGAAGAUUACUUAACCCCGAGGGAGCCACGGUGGCUAGGCGGGUAAGGCGCUGGCUCGCUAGCCUGAAGGUCGGGUGUUCGAUCCCUGCAUUGGCCGAGAAAGUUCAUCCCGAUUUUCCGACCUGGUUUCCCCUUGUCAGUGAUGCAGGACGGAGGGCCUGGCAAGGACAGCCGUCUAGUCCUUCGGAUGAUACGAAAAACCGAGGUCCCGUUUAAACAUUGGAAUGCACGUAAAAGAUCCCUUGGCAGUUGGAAUUCGAUAUAAGAGUAGGCGAUAGUGCAGCUGCCCGGGCAAAAUUUCCCUCAUAGCACACUGUAUGGCGUAUGCCCGUCUUCAUUAGCCCAGUAUAGGAACAGAACAAUAGGACGUUAAACCCCAUUUCAUUCCAUUCCAUUUACUUAACCCCGAAUUAAGACCCUGAUUUGUUAAUCAAAUUCGCCCCCGGUGUUAGCCGAGAAAUUUUCUCUAGGUUUUGCCGACGUUGCUUUCACUUGUCAGUGGUGUAAUACGGAGGUCCUGGCAAGGACAGUGUCGGAUGGGACUACAAACCAAAGUCCAGAGUACAUAUUGGCGUGCACGUAUAAGAACCCUAGCGCCGCUGUCCAGGAAAAACUUCCCUUAUGGCACACUGUAUUGCGUGUGGCGUCUUCGUUAGAUCAGUCCUUGCAGAAAAGAGGGACGUUAAUUUUCAUUUCAUUUCACUGGAAGCACCGGGGUAGAAGCUGUAGGUUCGUUAAAGGGUUGGAAGCACCGGGGUAGAAACCCUGGGUUUCGAAAUUCGAAAAGAUUUGAGACUCUGGGGUAGAAACUUUGGAUUCUUUAAAGGAUUUGAAGCACUGAGGUAGAAACUGUUGAAUCGCUAUGGGAUAGAAACUAUGGGUUCUUUAAAGGAUUUGAAGUAGAAACUGGAGGUUCUUCAAAGAGUUGUAUCCUGGGGCAGAAGCUGCAGGUUCUUUAAAAGGUUGGAAGCUCUAGCGUAGAAGCUGUAGGUACUUUAAAGGACUGGAAGUAGAAACUAGGUUCUUUAAAGGGUUGUACCCCUGGGACAGAAGUGGUAGGUUCUUAGUUAUAUCCCUGGGGUAGAAGCUGUCCUUUCUUUAAAGGUUUGGAAGCCCUGGGGUAGACGCUGUGAGAUCUUUGAAGAGUUGUACCAUGGGGUAGACGUCUAAGUUCUUUCAAGAGUUGUAUUCCUGGGGUAGAAGCUGUUGGUUCUUUGUGGAUUUGAAGUAAUUUUUUAACAUUUUAUAACGGCAAU